GGAAGACCAUCCUCCCCUCCCUCCCUCUCUCUCUCUCUUGUGUGUGACAAGACGCCAAACACCCUCUUUUCUUUCCUCUUGUUUCUUUCUUCUCUUCAACUAACUGACACUAGUAUUAGCAGUGUUUUGGUUAUAUAUAUGGCAUCACCAUCGGAACUAAGCCUUGAUUGCAAGCCACACAGCUACUCCAUGUUGCUCAAAUCCUUUGGAGAUCAUAAUAAUAGUAACAGUAAUGAUCAAGAGCAGAGUCAGAGCUACAAGAUUGAGGAGUUCCUCUCCCGUCUUGAGGAAGAACGUCUCAAGAUCGAUGCCUUCAAGCGCGAGCUUCCUCUCUGCAUGCAGCUACUCACCAACGCUAUGGAGGCGUCAAGGCAGCAACUGCAGGCCUUCAACCAAGGAACAACAAGGCCGGUGCUGGAAGAAUUCAUUCCCAUAAAGCACUCGGAAAUCUCCGAGAAGGAGGCGCCGUCUUCCAUGAACAUGAUGAUGAGUGAUAACAAGGCUAAUUGGAUGACUUCUGCUCAACUAUGGAGCCAAUCAAGCCAAGAAGUAACGACAAGGGCCGCCACUCCUCCUCCUUCAAAAGAUGCUGAUAAUAACAAUAAUAUUGGAUUCAUGAGCAUGAGCCCCAACAAGCACAGGAACGGGGGCAGUGGAGGAGCCUUCCUGCCGUUCUCCAAGGAACGGAGGAACAACAACAACAACAACUCUUGUGCAUUGGGAGGUGAGCUGGCACUUGCUUCCCCUGACAAGGAAAUGCUCAUCAUGGAUGAUGAUAAUAAUAAUAAUAAUAAUAAUAAAAGAGACCAUUCCUCAUCAAAUGAUCAGGGAAAAGGAACUACUACUAGUAGUGCUACUCCACCUCCAUCUACCACCACCACCUCUCAAACACACAGGAAAGCAAGAAGGUGCUGGUCACCCGACCUGCACCGUAGAUUUGUUAAUGCUCUUCAAAUGCUAGGCGGAUCUCAAGUGGCGACACCAAAACAGAUAAGGGAGUUGAUGAAGGUUGACGGUUUGACCAAUGAUGAAGUGAAAAGCCAUCUCCAGAAAUAUAGGCUCCACACGAGAAGACCAAGCCCAAGCCCACAACCAGGUGCACCAGCACCGCAGCUUGUGGUCCUAGGAGGAAUCUGGGUCCCACCAGAGUACGCCACAGCUGCCGGAGCCCCUGCCGCCAUCUACGGUGCUCAUCACCCCGCCUCCCACGCCCCGCCACCGCACUACUGCGCGGCCACCCCAAUGCCUCAGGAGUUCUACACGGCGGCUCCACCUCAGCCGCUGCUUCCGCCUCCGCCUCCUCCGCACCACCUGCACAUGUACAAGGCGGCUGGACAGAAUAGCUCCCCGGAGUCGGAGGUAGGAGGAUGCGGAGAGCGGUCGGAGAGCAUCGAGGAUGGGAAAUCGGAGAGUAGUAGCUGGAAGGGUGAGAGUGAAGGAGAGAGGAAAGGGUUGAAUGAGGAGAGUAAUUGCAGUGACAUCACUCUCAAAUUCUAGCUUCAUUAAAUUAAUUAGGGGUUAUGCACAAAUUAGGGUUAUGUUUUUGCAUGCUCCUAUCCCAUUCCCAUCCCAUGCAUAAUCUUGCUCUCGCUUCAUCAUAUCAUUCAUCAUCAUUAUUAUUAUUAUUAUUAUUAUUAUUAUUAUUAUUAUUAUUAUUAUUAUUAUUAUUAGUACUGAGUAGGUAUACGUUUUGUGUAGUAGCUAGAGAGUAGAGAGGGGAGGAAAGGGCAUAAAAGUGAGCAUUUGUUUUGUUUCGGUAUGUAUAAUUUGAAUG